UGAGGCAUGGAUUAAACCAUGAAAAGUCCUUUCCUACCACUUGUCAAUAUUGCUUUUGUAUCUCAUAUUGUGAGGCAUGGAUCAAACCAAGAUUGCCCGCCCAACCACUUCCUCCCCCUCUUCCUCUUCAAUGGCUGAAGAUCUUGAUCAAGAGUUUAAGGAACUACUUCCUUCCCUUCCCAAAGCAAAGGGAUGGAGACAUGAUCUUUUUUUAUAUCAAGGCUUUUGGUGCCCAGCCGUUUACAUUCGUGGUGUAAUUUCCUUCCAAAAACACUUCCAAGCUCAAGACCCAGAUAUUAUAAUUGCCUCUAAUCCCAAAUCUGGCACCACCUGGUUAAAGGCUUUAACCUUUUCCAUUGUUAAUCGUGCUCGUUUUACAUUCUCAACCACCCCUUUGCUUACUUCAAACCCUCAUCAUCUUGCACCAUUUCUUGAACUUGAUUUAUUUGGUAAGAUGGAACUUCCUGAUCUUUCUACCAUUCCAUCUCCUAGGCUUUUCUCCACUCACAUGUCUUAUGCUGCUUUACCAGAGUCUAUAAAGAAGUCUAAUUGUUCAGUUGUUUACAUUUGUCGCAACCCUUUUGAUGCUGCUGUCUCCUUGUGGCACUUUGCCCAUCAACUAGGAACCGAGAUGCAGACUUCUAUGGAUGAACUUUUUGAUAUCUAUUUUAAUGGAAUAUACGAGUUUGGACCCUUUUGGGAACAAGUUUUAGGAUAUUGGAAGGAAAGCUUGGAGAAACCGGACAAGGUUUUGUUCUUGAAGUAUGAGGACUUGAAGGAAGACAUUGUUCUCCAAUUGAAGAGAAUAGCAGAGUUCCUAGGAUAUCCUUUCUCGCAGGAGGAAGAGAAACAAGGAAUCAUUGAGGAAAUAGCAAAGCUAUGUAGUUUAAGCAGUUUGAAGGAUCUUGAGGCAAACAAGAAGGGCAGUUAUCUGUCAGUAUAUCCACAUAAGGUUUUCUUUAGGACAGGUAAUGUGGGUGAAUGGACUGAUUAUAUAAGCCCCUCCUUGAAGCAACAGCUAGAAAAUGUGAUGCAAGAAAAGUUAAGUGGAACUGGUUUGUCUUUCAAACUUUCUUGCUAAGUUUUUUAUCUUAAGGAAAAGAAGAAGAAGAAGAAGAAGAAGAAGAAGAAGAAGAAGAAGGUGUUGAUAAUGCUAUCAAGGUUUGAGUGUGUCUUAAUUUAUAAAGCUUUGAGUGUGUCUUAAUUAAUUAUGCAUGGGAUUAGUAUCAAGCUCUGAGUGAGUUUUCAGUUGUGAUUUUCUUGGGUUAUGGGAAAAACAAUUUCGUUUAA